AAACCCAAGUGAGAAGUGCAGAUUGGGUAAAGCUAAUUGCAAAAUAAAGGUGUACGUAACAAAAUUCCUAUAAUACCAAUGGCAUGAUUACAGAGUUGUUGAUGCGUCUAAAAUUUUGUCUCCCCGCAUGCACGUACUCUGUAAUGGCUGCUGCAAUUCCGCUCUGUCACUUCACUACCCCUGCUACUACCUUUCCAAGCCACCCAAUAUUGAAGAAUGCCCAUCUUAAACCUCCUCUCCAACUCCCGAGAUUCUCCCAAAAACCCAUUAUAGCCCCUUUUCUCAAACAGGUUUUGAAGCAAACAAGCCUUAAAGAAGCUUUUCAAACGUUAACCAGCUUGUUCUCUGAUCAAAAUUCGAUUCCGUUUUGUCUAGAAGAGGUUUAUUCAUCAGUGCUUGAGCUCUGUGCAAGCAAGAAAGCUCUGUCACAUGGUCAACAAGUUCAUGCACAUAUGAUAAAAUCUUUCUCCGGGUAUGACUCGGUGUUUUUGAGUACUAGGCUUGUGUUUAUGUAUGGGAAAUGUGGCUCUCUUUCUUGCGCGGAGAAGAUGUUUGAUAAAAUGUCUCACAGAUCCAUUUUUACUUGGAAUGCUAUGAUUGGUGCCUAUGUUUCAAAUGGAGAACCUUCUAGAGCGCUUAAUUUAUAUAGAGGAAUGAGGGCUUCAGGAGCUCCUCUUGAUUCUUGCACAUUUCCUUGUGUGCUCAAAGCUUGCGGCAUGCUUCAUGAUCUCCAUUGUGGGGCAGAAGUUCAUGGUCUAGCUAUUAGAUGUGGAUAUGAGUCUAUUGUAUAUGUUGUCAAUUCACUAGUUGCUAUGUAUGCAAAGUGCAGCAAUCUUGACGGGGCAAGGAAGUUAUUUGAUGGUAUGACCGAAAAUGACAUUGUGUCAUGGAAUUCUAUAACUUCGGCAUAUGCAGCAAAUGGAGAGUCUGUAGAGGCAUUAGGACUUUUUAGAGAUAUGCAGAAGGUGGGUCUUGCCAUGAACACCUACACUUACGUUGCUGCUCUUCAAGCCUGUGAGGGUUCGUCCUUUCUGAAACUUGGUAUGGAGAUCCAUGCUGCUAUUUUGAAAGCCAGUCAUCAUGUUGAUAUUUAUUUAGCUAAUGCCUUGAUAACCAUGUAUGCAAGAUGCGGUGAAAUGAAUGAAGCUGCAAGAAUAUUUUAUGAAAUGGAUGAAAAAGAUUAUAUAUCAUGGAACACGUUGCUUUCUGGUUUCGUACACAAUGGUCUAUAUAAAGAAGCACUACAGUUCUUCUAUGACAUGCAGGAUGCUGGUAUAAAUCCUGAUCAGGUUUCAUUAUUAAAUGUUACUGCAGCAUCUGGUCGAUUGAGGAAUUUAAUGAAUGGAAUGGAACUUCAUGCUUAUGCAAUAAAAAGUGGGUUUGAUUCUGGUUUGCAGUUUGGGAAUACACUACUAGAUAUGUAUGGAAAAUGUGGCAAUGUGAAAUAUAUGGGUCGUGCUUUUGAUAUGAUGCUUGAUAAAGACUCUAUUUCUUGGACAACAUUAAUUUCUGGGUAUGCUCAGUGCAAAUCGUACUAUGGAGCCUUAGAAUUGUUCUCAAAAGCGCAAAUGGAAGGGGUUGGUGUUGACGUGAUGAUGAUGGCAAGUAUCCUCCUGGCUUGUGGUGGGGUAAAGAACAUUUCCUAUGUGAAAGAAGUCCAUGGUUAUAUUUUGAGGAGAGGUUUAUCUGAUCUUGAACUACAUAAUUCAAUUGUUGCUGUCUAUGGCGAGUGUGAGAACAUAAAUUAUGCAAGACGAAUGUUUGAAUCCAUCAAAUUCAAAGAUGUUGUGUCUUGGACGAGCAUGAUUACUUGCUAUCUCCAUAAUGGGCAUGCAAAUAAGGCUCUUGAACUAGUCUACUUAAUGAAAGCAUCUGAUGUAGAACCUGAUUCUAUAGCUCUAGUGAGCAUACUCUCAGGGGCUGCUAUUUUAUCUGCCUUGAAGAAAGGAAAAGAAACUCAUGGAUUUAUAAUUAGAAAGGGCUUUGUCUUAGAUGGAUCUCUUGCGAACGCUCUUGUUGAUAUGUAUGCUCGCUGUGGAGCUCUGGAUACCUCCCAUAAGGUGUUCAAUUGUAUGAGACACAAAAGUUUAGCUCUAUGGACAUGUAUGAUCAAUGCAAACGGAAUGCAUGGCUGUGGAAAGGCCGCAAUUGAUAUAUUUCAUAGAAUGAGGGAUGAAAAUGUUGUUCCUGACCAUAUUACCUUUUUGGUGCUUCUUUAUGCAUGCAGUCAUUCAGGAUUGAUUGAUGAAGGUAAAAAACUUCUAGAAGUUAUGCAAUCUGAAUAUCUUUUGGAGCCAUGGCCUGAACACUAUGCCUGUCUGGUUGAUCUUUUGGGGCGUGCCAAUCAUUUAGAAGAGGCACUCCAAUUUGUGGAAUCUAUGCAGACUGAACCUUCAGCUGAAGUUUGGUGUGCUCUCCUCGGGGCUUGCCAGGUUCACUCGAAUAAAGAAUUAGGACAAAUUGCAGCGAAAAAGCUCUUCGAGUUGGGUCCAGAAAACCCAGGAAAUUAUGUGCUAAUUUCCAAUGUCUUUGCUGCAAGUCAAAAAUGGAAGGAUGUUGAAGAAGUAAGAAUGAGAAUGAAGGAAUGUGGGAUGAAGAAAAAUCCUGGUUGUAGUUGGGUUGAGGUUGGUAAUCAGGUCCAUACAUUCGUAGCAAGGGACAAGUCUCAUCCACAUUUUGAAGACAUUUAUCAUAAACUAGCUCAAAUUACGGAGACUUUGAAGAGGGAAGGAGAUUAUGUGCCUCAAACCGAAUAUGUUUUACACAAUGUAGAGGAAGAACAGAAAGUUCAGAUGCUUUAUGGGCAUAGUGAACGACUGGCCAUUGCUUAUGGAUUGCUUGGAACACCUGAUGGGACCCCCAUCCGGGUCACAAAGAAUCUUCGGGUUUGUGGUGAUUGCCACACUUUCUGUAAGCUAGUCUCAAAAUUCUUUGGAAGGCAACUUGUUGUAAGGGAUGCCAACAGAUUCCAUCAUUUUAAUAAAGGGGUUUGUUCUUGUGGUGACUACUGGUGAUACUAGAAACAUCGUAUCAACAUCAGUUAAAUUAGAGACACCCUUUUGGUUUUUUUGCUGCUGAUGGUCAUUCAUAGCACACUCCAAUUGGAUCAGGUAUGGUUCCAAACGUUAGCUGCUUGAAGAAUUCAAGUCCCCCACCUGGUGUCUCAUUUAACAAAACCCAAGGGAGUUGAGAUUAGCACCUGAUGUGGCGUACUGGCUAACAAAGCAACGUCAGCAAGAUCAUUGCUACAUUCAGUCACAUGAAUUGACCUACAUCCUGCACCUUUUAUGCAGGGCCUAAUUGGAGUUUCCAAUUCAUGUACUAGAGUUCCCAACCUGAGAUAGCUACAGAGUGCUUGUUGACAAUGGUUUUCAUUUCCCAUCGUUAGAUGGCAACAAGACAAUGAUUCAACAGGGAGAAAAUCCGUUUUCAGAAUAGAGUUCAAAACGGAGGAAUAUGCUUCAAGCUGUCUUCAGAAAGCCCAUAAAAGUGUCAACUUUCUAGAGUACACGGGCAAGUAGAAUAUCUCUUGCAACGUUUCGGGAACAAUUUCUAUCGACAUCCUUCGAUCCUUGAUGUUCCCGAAUGAUAUAUAGUGAUAAAGAUUCACCUUACAAUCCUGCUUCAUUAUAUUUACAUAAUUAUCCAGAGAAAAGGUAUAAAAAGUCAUUGAUUUUACUUGUUCUAACUAUCAAAAGUUAAUAUCAUUAUUGACUCAUAGUUGUUGUUUCCACGAUAGGGUUCUUCUCUAAAGUUCAUUAGUAAGUGCAGAUCAUGAAUAUUUCAAUGAUUUAUUCUUCCUACAUGCUGUGAUUUUGAAAUGGUAAUUACAGACCUUCCGUUCUUUCA